UGUAUAUUGGUCUGUUUCUGCAAUUCUCUGAAUUUGAGCUUCUGGGUUUCAUCCAAAGUGAGUUUUUUAGUGAAAAAAUUGGCAGUUUUGGGGGGUUCAGUUCUAAUUCAAAUUUAGAGGUUUUAUUAUUUUGGUUUCUUCUCUCUGGCUUUGAUGCUUUAUUGAUUUGUUGAUCAUAAAUACCAAGGUAUUUACCAUUCAUUUCUUUUCAAGUCCUACAUGAAGAAGCUGUUAUAGGGUUUUCAUUAUUAAAAAGCAAAGUAUUUGUCAUUUGGAAUAGGUGAUUUUUAAUUUUUGGAUUUGUUGUAUGAGUAAUUACACCCAAUAGAAUUUGGGUUGGGUGGCUUUUGUUGGGAUAUCUAAAAAAAAGCUGUAUCUGAUCAUCAGGGCAAAACAAAAGCAGUUUUUGAAUCUGGAAACAAGAAAUGGUGUUCUAAAUUAAGGGGGGCAAGUGUAAUUUCUUGGGAUUUUUCAUGGAAAAACAAAGUAGUUUCCGUGGUGCUGCAACUAUGGAAAAGCAGCAAAGUUUUCGAGGAGACAAGGUGAUAAAAAAACAGCUGAGUUUUGGUGGUGGAGUAAUGGAGAAAGAGCAGAGUUUUCGUCGUGGGUUGAUGGAGAAACAGAAGAGCUUUCGGAUAGCAAUGGAGAGGCAGGUCAGUUUUGGAGGAGGAGAGAGAAAGAAGAGCAAAGAGUCACCAGGAAAAAGGGGUGAUUCUCCAAUUCAUUUGGCUGCGAGAGCAGGGAAUUUGAGUAAAGUGAGAGAUAUUUUGCAGAGAUUUGAUGUUAAUGGUGGAAAAGAAUUGCUAUCAAAGCAAAACCAGGAGGGAGAGACUGUUUUGUAUGUGGCUGCAGAGAAUGGACAUACCCAUGUUGUUGGUGAAUUCUUGAAAUAUUUAGACCUCCAAACUGCAUCUUUGGCUGCCAAGAAUGGCUAUGAUUCCUUUCAUAUUGCAGCUAAGCAGGGUCAUCUUGAGGUACUGAAGGAACUUUUGUAUUGUUUCCCAAACCUGGUCAUGGCCACUGAUUCAACCAAUUCUACAGCCUUACACACUGCUGCAGCGCAAGGGCAUAUUGAUGUAGUCAAUCUGCUUCUGGAAACUGACUCAAACCUUGCCAAGAUAGCCCGAAACAACGGCAAGACCGUGCUCCAUACUGCAGCAAGGAUGGGCCACUUGGAAGUCGUGAAAUCCCUACUGAGGAAGGAUUCAAGUAUUGGUUUUUGGCCCGAUAAGAAAGGCCAAACUGCAUUGCACAUGGCUGUCAAAGGGCAGAGUGUGGAGAUUGUGCAUGAAUUAAGUAAACCUGACCCCUCAGUCUUGAGCUUGGAAGAUAACAAGGGAAACACAGUUCUGCAUAUUGCAACAAGGAAAGGCAAAGCUGAGAUUGUUCAUUGCCUAUUAUCAGUUGAUGGGAUUAACAUCAAUGCCAUAAACAAGGCUGGAGAGACCCCCCUUGACAUUGCUGAAAAGUUUAGUCCAGAACUUGUGCCCAUUUUAAGAGAAUCCGGGGCUACCAAUUCUAAAGAUCUUGGAAAACCCCCAAACGCGGCAAAGCAACUCAAGCAGACCGUGAGUGACAUAAAACACGAUGUGCAGUCCCAACUCCAACAGACCCGUCAAACUGGCGUCAGAGUCCAGAAGAUUGCAAAAAGGCUAAAGAAGCUUCACAUCAGUGGCCUCAACAAUGCCAUUAAUUCAGCUACGGUUGUAGCUGUUCUCAUAGCUACUGUUGCUUUCGCAGCCAUCUUUACUGUUCCUGGCCAGUUUGUUGAAGAGAAAACACAAGGGUUUUCACUUGGGCAAGCCCACGUAGCGCAAAAACCAGCUUUCAUAAUUUUUUUCGUGUCAGACAGUGCAGCUUUAUUCAUCUCCCUUGCUGUCGUUGUAGUCCAGACAUCUGUCAUUGUGAUAGAACAGGAGGCGAAGACGCAACUUGUGUUUGUGAUUAACAAGCUCAUGUGGUUGGCUUGCCUGUGCAUUUCGAUAGCCUUCAUUUCUCUGACCUAUGUGGUGGUGGGAUCAAAAGAAAGGUGGCUUGCUGUGUCUAUAACACUAAUUGGUGGUGUAAUCAUGCUCACUACAAUUGGUUCAAUGUGUUUCUGUGUAAUUCGGCAUAGGAUGGAAGAUUCAAAAUUGAGGAACAUAAGGAGAACCGAAACCCUGCCACGUUCAUUCUCAAUGUCUAUGGCAUCUGAUACUGAGAUCUUGAACGAAAAAUAUAAGAGGAUGUAUGCACUUUAAGAGCAAAGAAAAUUUUGGAGAAAUAGAAAAGAAGAUUGAAACAACGAUGAGGAGUUGGAUUGCAAACAAGAAGGUAGGCGCCUGUGAUUGAUGUAUCUGCAUGUAUGUCUCUACAUAAUCCAAUUCUGUAUCAUAAUUGUUGAUCUGCAUCUAAAAGUAUGCAUAAUUAUAUUCCUGUUCUUUUCCUCUA